CCCAUUCCAACCAUUGAAGAGGCGUUCAACAUCGUUACUUAGGAUGAACGUCAGAGGUCUAUUUGACCAGUUACUGCGGUUGAUAAUGUGGCUUUUCAAGCAGUAGUUCUAUUGUCUACAGUUCCACAAGCUUCGGGUGUUGAUGAAAUGGCUUAUGCUGCAGCAUUUAAUGCUGGAAGGGCUGCACAACGACCUAUGUGCACACAUUGUGGUAAGGCUGGCCAUACUAUUCAAAAGUGUUUCAAGCUACACGGCUACCCUCCUGGUUAUAGAGCAUAUGGUUCUUAUCAUAACAAGAAUGUGUCUCAGUCCAAGAAUGUGCAGUCUCAGCUGAAAUAUCAGAAUCAGAGUUUGGUUCCGGCUUCUUCUCAGGUGUCUAAUGCAGUUUCGAAUGUGUGUGCUGAUCAAGAUUCACGCCAAUACUCUUUACCACCAGUUACUCCUCGGUUGACUAGUGGUGGCAUGGAUCUACAUCUGCAGAGCUUCACCCCAGAUACAGAGUUUGAUCUCUCAGUUCAAUGCUCAUGUUCGAGUUUCAGAGCCUCAAGUUCUUUCCUCAACGUCUUCAAUUCCACAAGCUACGAUUACAGAACAUGGUCUAAUGGAUUCUCAUUCAUCGUCCGGAACUUUCUCGGGGCUUGAUGAUUGGGAAGGGUAGCUUAUACAACAAUCUUUACAUUCUUGAUACUACUAGUAAUGCAUCGUCU